UUCUCUCUCUCCGAAGGGAGAAUCACCUUUUUUGCCUGCCUCCAGCCGCGGUGUAGAGGCAGGAGCCGAGUUUGGGUGGAGAAGGCCGGGGCCGCCUGAAGGGAGGAGAAGCGGGGGGAUCCGGACACCUACGGAGUCACUGCCUGGGGGUCAGUGUGGCGAUCGGAAUUCGCCAUCAGAGUCCUUGGCAGCCCUUCCCUAGGUUGAGCCCUCUGACCAUUUCCCGUGUGUCACCAGGUUGAGGGGAGAGGGAGGGUCCGCGCCUCACCUGCCCAUUCAUUCAUUCCGCCUCUGCUGUGAGCCCGGCGCUGCGAUGUGAAUUAAAUGAACCAAGCGUGCUUUAUUGCCAUGCAGAUCUUGGAGAAUAACCUGAGCACCAAGUUCAUAUGUAUUCUAUCUCAGAGGCAUCUAUUGGACAACAACACCUCUCAGAUGUGAACUUUAACAGCGGGAAGCUUUAAACAUGCUAUUUAACACAGGUUCAAUUUGAAGAAAGACUUUUUAAAUCCUUAUAGAAGGGAAAAUAGUACUUGUUGCUCAAUUGUGCAAACUCUCCAGGUAUCUCAGUGAGAAGUAGAGAGGAACCCUAAUGAAGCUGUGAGUCUGAAUGAGGCCCGACUAGGCUCAUUCUCGGGUUCCCGGAUCAACCCUCACUCUUCUGAAGACCAGUUUCAAGAAAGCCUUAAAACUGCUCAGAUGAUGGAUGAGUCAGAUGAUGAUUUUAAGGAACUCUGUGCCAGUUUUUUCCAAAGGGUGAAAAAGAAUGGCACCAAGGAAGUGUUGGCGGAAAAGAAGACACAAAAGACCUCAAACAGCUCUCAGAUAGCAAACAAACUGAAAAGGACCAAACCAGCUGCUACAAAGAGCAAAACCCUUCACGGCCCCAGGGAGAGGAAAACUCGAUCUGGCAGCCAGGCCCCAAGGACUAAAAAGCAAGGGGCACCCAAGUGGCAGGAGAGUGAACCAGCUCCCCCUGAGAAUGGAGAACAAAGUGUGCUUGCUUCUACUGUGCUCCAGGAGAGUGCACGGAGCACCCAGACAGGUAACCCAGCCAGAAAUACUGCCAGAACUUCCAGAGAGGAAAACCGAGAGGCUGCCCCCAGCAGCAACUCCCAGCUGCCUCCUUCCUGUCUGACUGCGAUGGUGCCAAGUCCCUCCAAACCCCGGGCAGCCGAGCUGGUCCUACAGCGAAUGCAGCAGUUCAAGAGAGCAGACCCCGAGCGUUUGAAACACGCUUCAGAAGGGUGCCCCCUCCAGGCUGCACUUGAAGAAAAUGUCCCAAAGGGCCCUGGAGAGGCGAUGACAGCAGGGAACGGGGCUGGACCCUGGCUCCCGGCCACAGAGAGUGAUGCUGCAGUGGCCUUGGCCCUACAGCAGGAGUUUGGGCAGGAAGGAGCAUCUGCACUUGACAAUAGCGUGGAGGAAAAAGGAUUGUUCUUCUGCCAGAUCUGUCAAAAGAACCUCUCGGCUAUGAAUGUGACACGAAGGGAGCAGCACGUGAACCGAUGCUUGGAUGAGGCUGAAAAGGCACUGAGACCUUCCGCGCCUCAGAUCCCUGAAUGCCCAAUUUGUGGCAAGCCAUUUCUCACCCUAAAGAGUAGAAUCAGUCACUUGAAACAAUGUGCAGUGAAGAUGGAGGUUGGCCCCCAGCUCCUGCUCCAGGCCGUGCGGCUGCAGACAGCUCAGCUUGAGGGGACGUGCAGCACGCUGGCCCCAGCCCCGGCCCCCGCAUUGGCAUCGAGCAGUCACACUGGCAGUCUGAAGCGGAAGGGAGCCCCCAUCAAGAAGGAGCCACAGAAGAGACGGAAGGUCAACGAGCCUGAGGUGCCGUCUGAGGACCUGCUGGUGGCCAUGGCUCUCUCCCGGUCCGAGAUGGAGCAGAAGGCUGUGCCUGCGGUGCUCCGACUGGGAAAUGCUUUUUCUGAGAGGACAAGACUGGGAACAGAAAAGAAGAGUCGCAAGAAGAAAGCACCCAUUUCCCCACCCCAGUUGUUAGUCCAGGACUCGAAGACCACAGAAAGACAGAUUGAGGAUCGCGUGGCCCAGCUCUUUGCAGAGGAAGUGGAGUUGUCCAGCACACCACCCCUUCCUGCGAGCAGACUUUUAAAGGAAGGGCUGGAAAAGGCCAGCAGGUGUCUGCGACUGCCCGAAGGGAAGCAGAACUUUCUGUGGGAGGGCAGUGCCCUGACUGGGGCCUGGCCUCUGGAAUCCUUCUACACACCAAGCCUGGUACCUCCCAUGAUGCCCCAGCAGCUCACCAAGGGUGUCACACAGGAGCCCACGCUGCCACCAGUGCCACCAGACCAGCCACAGCUGCGCGUGCACACGCCACCUGCCCUCCACAGUGCUGGCCCCAGGAACCCAUCGCCCUCCGCCAGCCAGAGGGAGCACCAGGCCCUGCAGGACCUCAUGGACCUGGCAGGAGAGGGGCUGAGUGCCAGCCCGUGGCCCUGCAGUGGUGGCCCGGCCAGCUUGGAAGGGACCGAAGGGAUGGAUCUCUCGUCCAGCGGCCUUCCACUGACGGGGUUUGUCCUGCCAUCUGAGCAGCAGCACCUGGAGAGGGGCGACAAGGCUUCGCUCUCCCUCGGUUUGCUGGUUGCUGACUUCAGUGCCAUGGUCAAUAACCCACACCUGAGUGAUGUCCAGUUUCAGAUGGACAGCGGGCGGGUGCUCUAUGCCCACAAGUUCGUGCUUUAUGCCAGAUGCCCACUUCUCAUGCAGUAUGUAAACAGUGAAGGCUUCUUUGCUGUAGAAGAUGGCGAUCUGAGAACACAGCGCGUCCUGCUGAGUGACGUGAGCACCGAGGCCACCUGUGCGUUCCUGCAUUAUCUCUACACCGCGGACACUGGCCUGCCUCCGCAGCCGGCCCCUGACCUGAGUUCCCUGGCCCGCAGGUUUGGUGUGAGUGAGCUUGUUCACCUGUGCGAACAAGCCCCGGUUAUGAUGGAUUCAGAGAGUGACCGAUGGAAGGAGAAGGAAGACGAGGAUUGUGAAAGCAGAGCGGAGAAUUUCCAAGAACUCUUGAGGUCAGUGUGGGUAGGUGAAGAAGAGGAAGCAGAGGCCUUGUUGAAAUCCGAGGGCCAUCAAGAAGACAGAGAAAAAGUCAAUGAAGCAGAAAUGGAAGAAAUUUAUGAAUUCGCAGCUACUCAGAGAAAGCUGCUGCAGGAGGAAAGAGCUCCAGAGAUCAAGGAAGAAACUGACCAGCUUGUGGGGGAGGGUCGAGGUUCUGGGCGAAUCCUAGCAAGCAUCCAGGUUCCAGAACAGUCGGAAAACACAGAACAGAUGGAAUCAUGUGGGCAGGGAAGAGAUGAGGCCCCAGCCAAAUGGAAAACUGCGAGACAAUCCGUGCUCCUGCCACUCGAAGGCCAGUGUUCAGACGGGGAGGAGGAAGCAGAGGUGCCAAAGGAAGCAUUGGAUCAUUCCAGCUCUAGCCUUCCUCAGGGCAGCCGGGCAGAGAGAAAGGAAGGCCCCUUUUUGUACUCAGUUGGUGAUGAUGAAAAACAGCCCUUUGCAUCAACUCCAGGAGGACACCCUGAACCAUCCCAAAUAACAAGUGAUCCCAAGGAAGGCAACGGCACUGUCGGGGAAAGGGACGUGGAGAGUUCCCGUGCCCCCACUCCCCGGCAGGCACCCAUAUUACACCCAUGCUUCUUCCCAUCACAGCCCCCUCCAGGCAGGAGCCCCCGCCGACCACACCCUCGCCCUUAUCGCACAAGUGGCUCCUCCCCACCAAUGCCCCAGUCGCAGGGCGGAGCUUCCAGGCUGGCCUCCCAGGACUCACCAUCGAAGCGGAAGAGGGGCCGGAGCCUUCUCGCCCUACUUAACGAUCCAGGCUGCCAGAAAGGCAAAGAAUGUGGUUCCAUGUUAGAAUGCAAAAAUAAAGGGAUCCUGCUCUCCCCAGAGAAGUCUCCAUCCAUUGACCUAACCCAAGCAAAACCUGGCCAUCAGAGCUCCAGAUCUCAGAAUUCUCCAUCUACUGUGAACAGAGAAGAUGAGGUUAUCCUUUUAUUGGAUUCAGAUGAAGAGAUGGAGCUAGAACAAACCAAAAUAAAGUCAGUUUUUAAUGGUCCCCCGGAAGAAGGAAAAGUUCAAGAAGUUAGCCCCACAUCCUCUGAGCUGUUCUCCAUCAUUGACAUCGAUGCAGAUCAGGAACCUUCCCAAAGCUCACCAAGAAGAGAGGCUACGCUGCAGCAGGAGGAAGGGGGUUCAUCGGGGAACCGGGGCUCUGUGGGGGACAGAGGGACCCCCGGGCGGUUCUUUGACCCUGUGGGCAGCCCCUAUGAGGACAGCACCACAGACACCUCCUGGCUGGUGCCUGCCACCCCGCUGGCCAGCAGAAGCCGAGACUCGUCAUCGCAGACCCAAAUCACGGGCCUCAGGCCCAGGGCUUCAGUGGAUCAUAUGGCUCAGCUCAAGCCCAGAGCCCCAUUAGAAAACAAGGAUGGAGCCGACGCUGCGAGCAAGUUUUCGGUAAUCGUGCCCCAGACAUCAUCGUCGUGCCUAGGCCCUAGUGCUCCUGGAAGCCCUGACAGCAGAAGGCAGACCUACAGGAGCCCAACCAGUCCCCGCCCCAGGCACCACAAGCACUUUUCUCUCCCGGCUCCCUGUCCAGCCUCAGGAGGCCUUGCUGGUUUCAGCAGGCAGUUCCAGGAGCACUCGCCACCUAGGUCAAGCCUGCCGAAUCAGGCCACAGCGAGUGAAGUGGUGGAGGUGGAAGACAGUGACGAUGAGCAGGAGGUGGCCUCCCCUCGGGUGAGCGGCACCCCUCUGCUGGACAGCAACCCCCCCAUUCCAGCUGACGACUGCUGCUGGCAUGUUGAGCCCCUCUCACCAAUUCCAAUUGACCAUGUGAACCUCGAGUGGACUGGCCCCCUGAGCACCAGCAGCCCGGGCGGGAGGGUGGGGGAGGCUCCAGGCAGUGGUGACUGCCACUCCCCCACACUCCUGGGCACCACCCCCAUCCGAGGAAGCUGCCCGGGGGGCCGAAGGAAGUGUCAAGAGAAAUCCCCUAGGACUGGCUCCCCUGGGAGCAGCGGGCUGAGCUUCUUGAAUUUAGCUCUGUGGGACGAUUGGGAUGGAGAAGAACAGAAGUCUCCAGAGGUUCUUCCUCUGACCCAGACACCAAGUGCUGAUCGAGCUCAGAAAACAGAAGGGUUAGAGAAGCCAAGUGCUAAUCGGAGGAAGAACUUGCCCCCGAAAGUGCCCAUAACACCAAUGCCACGGUAUUCCAUCAUGGAGACCCCGGUACUGAAGAAGGAAUUGGAUAGGUUUGGGGUCCGCCCUCUGCCUAAACGCCAGAUGGUCCUGAAACUGAAGGAGAUAUUCCAGUACACUCACCAGACGCUGGACUCAGACUCUGAGGACGAGAGCCAGUCCUCACAAGUGCCCCUGGAGGCUCCUUGCAACCAGACCCAUGCCACCAAGACCUCUAAGGCCUCAAGGGCAGCUGGAUGUGCCAGGCUGGAGGCCACUUCUAACCCCAUUCCCAAAAGGGCCAAGGGACCUGCUAAGACCAAGGCCCCCCGGCAUCAAAAGCAGCAGCCAGGUGGAAGCAUCCCCCCGCUGAGCACGUCACCAGCUGAAGAGGUGCCCCUAGGCCCUGAAGGUGAACCCCAGCUCCCAGCCUCCCAGAAACCCACAGCCACCUCUGCGGACGGCAGUGACAGCUCCUUUAGCUCACAAAGUUCUUCUUCCUGUGAGUUUGGAGUGGCCUUUGAGUCUGCAGGAGAAGAUGAGGAGGGUGAGGAGGGGGUCAGUACUUCGCAGGCAGCCGUCCAGGCAGGAGCCACGGAGGAGGCAGUGCGGCGCUACAUCCGCUCGACACCAGCUCUCUACCGCAAGGUCCUGCUCUACCAGCCCUUUGAGUUGGCGGAGCUGCAGGCUGAGCUGAAGCAGCAGGGCAUCCGCAUGGCCACAGGGAAGCUGCUAGAUUUCCUAGAUGCCCACUGCAUCACCUUCACCACGGCCGCGGCCCGGAAGGAGAAGCUUGAGAGGAAGAGGCGGCAGCCUGUGGGCAAGAAAAAGGGGGGCAGAGCCAGACAGCCCAUCCCCCACUCUCCACCGAUGGCCGUCAGCAGCCUGUGAGGGUCAGCAGCCAGGUCUCCACAGGCGCUUCGGGCCUCGGGACCAUAUCCGCGCCCCGUGAAGAUGACUGCAGUAGCGUGGGUCAGCCUCCUCUCCACUCCGCUUCCUGGAGUGGUAUUCAGGGCAUGUUACCCACUGGAUUUAGGGCCCCGGCCUCCUCCCUCUGUCGGUGCCCACAGUUUGUUUCCCUGUAGCCCCGCUAGGCCAGUGUGUGUUUGAGAAGGGCAUGGGCGACCACCAGCUGGCCCAGGUGAGGCCUGAUUCUUUCGCGCUCUCCAUCCAUCAGUUGCGUUGUCCGUGUCCUGAGAUGGAGGACCAGGUCCCGCCUGCUUUGCCUGUCUUCUCAGCAUUCGUGCUGUAAUCCCAGCCUCCACCAGCAAACCGGGUGUCCACAGGCCUCCCGCACUGCCGUGCCCCAAGUCCUCUGCUGGCCCAGCCAUCCUGCCCAGACACCUGUGACUGUCACCAGGAGUCUCUAAACUGGACAGAGCAGAAGGGCCGAGCACAGCUCUGAAGCCCCCCAAACAAGCAUGUUCUUUGUGACCUGGUUCGGUUGGUGUGUGUUAAAGCUGCCUCCAGCCUCAGGAGCGGUGUGGAGCACAGGUGAGACCCAGAAAAGAAGAAGAGUUUGGGUCUCUGUAUCCUUGUGAAUGUCUUGUCUGUUUUAAAUACAGUGCAGUCCAUUUUAUAUGAUGUGCAAUAAAAACAA